AUGUAAAUAGGAAUAUAAGGGUUUGGUUCUUUGAAUCUAUUGCAACUUUCUUUCACGUCCUAGGUUUUAAUGAUGACAUCUCAGAAUAACUAUUUAAAGGAUAGAGUUUCUUAUUUCGAUAUAUUAAUAUUAUUAAAAAAUAUUUAAGCUAUGGGAGCUACUUGUUGCACGGGAACACCCUAAACUUAAGAGAUAAUUUCUAACGCUCCUACUAAGUACGAAGUACAAGUUGAAGGAAAUGAACAUUUGGAAACAGUGAAGCCAACAGAAGGAAGAGCAGAAAACUUAGAGAAAGACCUCGUUAAACCUCAGGAAUCCUAACAUAUUUAGGUCGAGGAGCCUCAAUCAAGUGCAAAUCCUCCAGAUGAUGUAUUAUAAAUCAACAUAUUCAGGCUUUAAGAGAAUAAUAAAGGUAACAGAUUUAGUUUCACUGCCCAAACCCUGAAGAUGCUAAAUAAUAUGAUAAGGAUCCUUUUAUCGAAAAUGAUUAGGUUCGCAAAACUCUGGAAAAACUCGGAAAUUAUCAAUAUGACGAAGCAUCCUUGUCACGCUUUCAUGAUUGUAUUGAGUUAGGACCAUAUGUAAAUUAUCAUACGAUAACUCUAGCAAUUUGAGAAUGGAGCAAUAUAUGUGGGACAAUGGAAAAACCAUUAAAGAUGGGGUAAAGGUAAGCAGUAUUGGCCGGAUGGAUCCGUUUAUGAAGGAUUUUGGAGUUCUCACACAGCCAAUGGAAAGGGACGUCUGAUUCAUGCAGACGGAGAUGCUUAUGUAAUUGAGUGAGCAAUCCUUUAGGAUGGAGAUUGGGUCGAUGAUAGAGCAUAGGGACAAGGAACUUAUUAUCAUGUUGACGGAGCCAGAUACGAAGGAGAUUGGUUGGAAGAUUAAUAACAUGGGAAGGGAACUGAAAUGUGGCCAGAUGGUGCUCAAUAUGUGGGAAGUUAUGUGAAUGGAAAGAAGGAUGGAAAAGGUAAAUUUAAAUGGAGUGAUGGCGCAACUUAUGAAGGCGAUUUUAGAGAUAAUAAUAUUGAAGGUAAUCACUCAAUUUAGCAAUUCAGGUUUUGGAGAGUAUGUUUGGGCUGAUGGGAGAAGGUAUAAAGGAUAAUGGUUAAAUAAUAAAAUGCACGGUAAAGGAGACUUUAACUGGCCCGAUGGAAAGUAAUAUAGUGGUAUUAGUUUUACUUAUUUUCAGGGGAUUACGUGGAAGACAAAAAGGAAGGCUAUGGAAUCUUCAAGUGGUCUGAUGGCAAACAAUAUAAAGGAUAUUGGAAGGAUGGAAAAUAACAUGGAAGAGGAAUCUUGGUUGAUAGAGAAUCAAGAGAAGUUGAAGCUGAAUGGGUCGAAGGAAGAAGAGUCAGAUCAGAUAAUUGAAAUUAUCACACAUUAUUAAAAUGAAUACUGA